AUUGAUAAGUUACCUAAGCACACAAAGGGGUUGUGGGUGUGGGAAAUGGAGAGACAAAUAUAAAGGCGAAUUGGACAUUUUAGUUCAAAGCUUUGGCUUAUUUGUCAAUUUGGAGAGUUAGUUAACGGAAAUACUAAGAUAAGUGAUUGUUUGUAAGUGAUCUUUUAACAUUCUGAACCUUUUUCUUACAAGAUAUUAUCAUUUUGGGUCUAAGACCUUCACGGAUUUUGUUGGUCAUAAGGGCAUCAACACCAAAGCUAUUAAAACCCCAACAUUGGUGCGAGAGGAGGCUGCUCAAAGUGAAGGUCUAGUCACUCAAAGUCAAACCAAAGCAUUAAAGACACAACUACAAGAUUAUUUGGCUAAGAGUUUCAUAUCGUUGGAGUCUGAAUUAUUCGUGGGCCAAGACACCACCAUCAUCCACGUCCAAGAAGAAGAGCUCAACUCGGCAGAAGGCAGAAAUAAGCUUACUAGAUGGUUAAGUCAUCCUUGGUGUGAGCACAAGGUGUGAAUGGAACCUUUUGGGAGGAUUCUGGUUGUAUUUCCUUUCCUUUUGGUUUUUGGAUUCUAUAGCUAUUAGGAGUCGGAUUUUUUAGUUAAUUAAGGGUAGAAACAUUGUUUGGUAACCUCUAUAAAUAGAGGAGGAUUUGCUUACGGGCUGAAAAAGUUAUUAUCAAUCGAAACCCAAGUUUUUAGUGUUCAACAUCGAACUUUUGUUAUCUUUCUUGUCCAUUUUUUAAAUCGAGCAAGCAAGGACAGCCCAACGUCAUUAUCAACUAGUCAAUCAUCCUAGUUGUGGAGUCACUUUAUAUACUUGACCAUAUUCCCAGUCGUGGUUUAGUUUCAAGUUAUUUCCCGUCUUUGUAUUUGUUGUGUCACUAAUCGAUAUUUGCUGCGUUUCAUAGGCAAUGAUGGUUAGUAUCAAGCCUUGAGGAACCCUCAAGUUGACGCCUUACAAGUAAGAGGUGGAAGAGGUCAAGGUAAAGGAGAGUGUGCUUAACCUCAAGCUCGAAUGGCUCCAGAACAUCCAGACUUUGAGGAGUACUACAAAGAGGAAGAGUUUCCCCAACACAUAUAUGAUGAUAUGAUGGGGAUGAAGUUGAAGGUUCAUUUGUUUCAAGGAAGGAGUGACCCAGAAGCUUGCCUAGAGUGGGAACGGAAGAUGUAGUACAUGUUCGAGUGUCAUGACUACUCUGAUCGAAAGAAGGUAACCAUAGUUGCCCUUAUUAGGGAUGGAAGUUUGGUACCAGUGUUUGGGAUAUAAAGAAUACCAUACCGAAUUUUGUCUAUAUUUGGUAUUAUCGAAUACACGUAUUAUUUCUUGGGAUUGGGAUUGAAUUUCAAUUGUAAUUUGGUGUUAGGGAUUAUGAGAUUGGGAUCAGUAUAUACCGAAAUACCGAUCAAUAUCGAAAUAUAAGCAAGUGUGUAUUUUAUCCUCUCAACUAGACUUUCUCAUUCACUACUACACGACCCUCAACCACCAAGAGUGUCAUUUAAUUAUACAUAGAUAAUUCGAUCUCUAUUUCACAACUUAAAAAUCCCCAUCCAACUCAAUUUUUACUUUUCAAUUUAAGUAAUUCUCGUCUCUCACCUAAUCACUUGUUAUUUUCAUAAUACCAAAAAGCAAACAGUAGUAUUAGUCAUCUCUCAACCUACAACUCGUAAAAUCAAAGAUUACCAAUGACAAGAACUUGAGAUGCUACCUCUCCUACAUUCUCUUUAUCCAUAUCCUAGCUCUAGGCAAACUCAAGACCCUUUGCUUAGUCUCUUUUCCCUAAAUUAAACAACCAAAUCUAUUUUAUAUAUUUAAUUGUUAAUUGCAAAGGUAAUUAAUUUCGUAUUUGAUAAUACUGAUUGGGAUACCGAAGUACCGAUUGGGAUACCGAAAUAUUUAGGGAUUGGGAUUGGGAUACCGAAAUUAUUUAGGGAUUGGGAUUGGGAUUGAUUUUAGGGUGUAAUUCGGUAUUCGGGAUUUCGAUAUUUGGUAUUGGGAUACCGAUACCAUACCGAUUUCCACCCCUAGUUGCCCUUGAGUUUUCUGACUAAGCGAUUAUUUGGUGGGACCGCUCGCGUGCCACGAGAAGGAUGCAUGAGGAAGAACCCAUAGCUACGUGGCAAGAGAUGAAGGCAGUUAUGAGAAAGAGAUAUGUACCUAUUCAUCAUCGACAUGAGCUUCACCAAGCCCUCCAUGCACUAAGUCAUAGUAUGAAGAGCGAGGAGGGUUAUUUCAAGGAGAUGGAGACCCUUAUGAUCCGAGCUCACACCAAUGAAGAUAGGGAGGCAACUAUGGCUAGCUUUCUCAAUGGUUCCAUCGAGAAAUUAGACAUGUCGUGAAGACUCACCAUUAGUUGAGAAACAACAGCGGGGAGGCUUUGCAAAAAGGUCCACACCUUCAACUAAUGCUUGCACAAGUGCUCCUCGAGAUCCUUUUGUGAAGAUUGAGGAGCCAAAGCCGACACCAAAGCCAAACACACAAAAUAAUGGAGACAAGGUUGCUUCUAAUACACAACUAGCUCCAUUUUGUGUAUCUGUUUUCAGGGUCGUGUUCAUAUGUCUAAUCAAUGCCCAAACAAAAGGACUAUGAUUCUGAUGGAUAAUGGUUAAUACGAGUCAUAAAAAGAACAAAGUGAAGUCGAAACUGAAGAUGAAGAAGAUGAAGUUGAAGAGCUACCUGUACAUGGUAAUUUUUCAUAUGUUGCUAGAAGGAUCUUGAGUGUGCAACCAAAGGAAGAGAUUGAGAAGCAAGAUAACUUGUUUCAUACUGGUUGCUUGGUCAAUGGGAAGCUUUGCUCGUUGGUCAUUGAUGGAGGGAGUUGUACCAACGUGGUAAGCUCUCAUAUGGUGGCAAAGAAUGGGAUGAAGACUCUUAAACAUCCACUUUCGUAUACUUUGCAAUGGUUGAACGGUGAUGCCGCCAUCAAAGUCACUCGGCAAAUGCUUCUGAACUUUGAGAUUUGGAGGUACAAGGAUGAGGUGCUUUGUAGGGAUGCAAAUGAGUCGAGCUGCUCGCGAGCGACUUGGCGUUCGACUCGAGAAAAGCUCGUUCGAAACUCGGCUCGUUAAUAAAUGAGGCAAGUAUGAGCUAAACUUUGUUCAGCUCGUGAAGCUCGCGAGCUAGCUCAUCUCGGUGGCUUGUUGAGCUAAACACGUGAACUGGCUCGUUUAGAGCUCAUGAUAUGUCUCAACAUGUGGCUAGAGAGCCAACUCGAUUACCGACUUAUGGACGAAUCAAUAUAUAUAUCUUAUGAUUUUAAUUCAUAUGGUUGUUAAGUUGUAUAUCUCGCCAUAUAUAAAGUUUAACACGUUGAGUAUGUGAGAAAAUAUAUCUUAUUUUCUAUUUUAAAAAGAAAAUAUGUAUCAUAGAUUGCUAUGAUACUAUGAAAUAAUAUGAUUUGGAGUAGUUAAAAUUUAUAACUAAAUGAUAUAUGAUAUCAACAAAGUAUAAUAUGAGAUUAGCUAACAAAAUAAAUCAUAUGUAUCAUG